UCAUUCUCGAUUUGUCUAUGAUCGUUACCGAGCAGAGUUUGUGGCAGCAUAUGUUACGAUGGUUCACGUUGGAUUAACAAAUGCAUUCCUUUUACAGGUUGCAUUAACUUUCUUUUUGGCAGUUAUGGCUGUUACUGGUGAUGAGGAGGAUGCCCAUCAUCACAGUCGGAGAAGAGAUCAAGAAUGUUACAAUUAUGCUGGAGGGCAUGUAUAUCCAGGAGAAGCUGCCCGUGUACCAGUUUCUGAUCAUUCCUUGCAUCUCAGCAAAGCUAAAAUUUCCAAGCCAGCCCCACACUGGGAAGGAACAGCAGUAAUCAAUGGAGAGUUUAAAGAGUUGAAGAAAACUGACUUUCUUGGAAAGUACUUGGUCUUCUUUUUCUACCCACUGGAUUUUACAUUUGUCUGCCCAACGGAGAUCAUUGCUUUCAGUGACAGAAUUGAAGAGUUCAGAGCCAUAAAUACAGAAGUGGUGGCUUGUUCUGUUGAUUCACAGUUCACGCACUUGUCAUGGAUUAAUACUCCAAGAAAACAAGGUGGUCUUGGAACAAUGAAGAUUCCACUUCUUUCUGAUCUGACUCAUCAAAUUGCAAAGGAUUAUGGGGUAUACUUGGAGGAUCAAGGACAUACACUCAGAGGCCUUUUUAUAAUUGAUGACAAAGGAGUUCUUCGACAGAUUACAAUGAAUGAUCUUCCUGUUGGCCGAUCAGUAGAUGAAACUCUACGAUUGGUUCAAGCAUUUCAGUACACAGACAAACAUGGAGAAGUUUGCCCAGCUGGCUGGAAACCAGGCAGUGAAACAAUAAUUCCUGACCCUGCUGGGAAACUGAAGUAUUUUGACAAACUGAAUUGAGAGCUCUCUUCCUUGAACAGUGUGAAAUACAGCAGUGAAUGUUCCAGCACGUUUUUUCUGUUGUACGCUUAGUUUGGGUCACAAUAAAAAAAUAUUUUGUUA